UCGUUUUGAUUACAAAUUCCUAGUACAUAGGCCGGAGACCCAGAUAAACAAAUGGCAGCUAAGUAAGACAUCAUCUCGGCUGAGGGUUAAUCAAGUCAUUCUGCCGAAUAAUUUGCAAUUGUUUCUCCAAGAAAAAAUGGAUACAAGAUAACCAUGCUGUGAUGAGGUAACGUGGUGUCCUGCCUGCUCCUUGUAGUAACCCCCCCCCCCAAGACUCUCACAAGUUUAACAAGUGCAGCAUCCUCAUCAAGAUGAAGUCCUCCACAGUCGACAGCCAACAUCCCUCGGAGUCUGGCUCCCAUAUCAGCUCAAUCCAACGACCAACGGCUAAGUAUGGCAAGCUAUCAAACACCGUUAGGCAGAUUACACCAGGCCCCUGGCAGUGUGCCAUGUUCUGUGGAGGAAAGAACUGCAAACAUGACACCCCAGCCAGGUGGACAGAGCAAGAAAUGGCACUUAAUGGACUAAAUUCAUCUUGGGUUGGUGAUGAUAUUUUAGCAAUGGCUAGGCCAUCAUCAGAAGCACUAGAGAAAUUCAGCAUCGUGGAACAAUUUAUUCAGAAUGGCAUCAAGUCAGUAAUCAACCUCCAGAGACCAGGGGAGCAUUCCAGCUGCGGCAAUCCGCUGCAGAGCAGUGGGUUCUCAUAUGAACCUCAACAGUUUAUGGAAAAAGAUGUCUUUUUCUAUAACUUUGGUUGGGAUGACUACGGUAUACGCUCUCUGCCUUCCAUUCUGGACAUGGUCAAAGUUAUGUCCUUCGCCUUGAAACAAGGAAAGGUUGCAGUACAUUGCCAUGCCGGUCUGGGACGUACAGGAGUUCUUAUAGCUUGCUAUCUUAUAUAUGAGCAACGAAUGGAAGGGGAUAACGCAAUACAGUUUGUACGAGAAAAACGAGCUGGUUCUAUACAGACUCCUGGACAGAUUGAAUGUUGCCAGCAGUUUGCAAAGUUUCUCAUUCCAUUCAGGGUUGUGUUUUCAUUAUGUGAUCCUUGUGCGUACCCUUUCACUCUGGACCAGUUCCUGAUCAGACAGAAGCUAAUGCUGCAUGGCUACGAGGCUCGAGAAUUAAAACAUCUACCAAAGAUUGUGUGUGUUGUGUGCAAUCGACUAAGUGUACUUGCCUCCUGUGUGACUAACCAGCAACCGAGAGGACGUCAUGAGAACAUAGAUAUGUUAAAGAAAACAGCACCAGGUGCGUUCCCAAGCCAGAGGGAAUCACAAAGCCAGCGAGAAUCACAAAGUAACAACCCGGGAAGCCCAAGGAAUAGGCGAAGAGUGAAUGACGUACCUACUAAUAACAAGCUACCCCCACUGAGACAGAGAAGCAGUAGCCUAGAGAAUGUUACCCAGGACAGCCUAGGUAUCCCUCAACCCAAUGAGUCUGCAUUACGAGGGCGUGUUAGUCCCAUGCUGGACUACCGACGUAACACCAACAAUGGCAGCGUUGCAUCGAGUGUCUCUAGUUCAGAUGACGAUCGUAGUGUCACCGCUGAGGUUUCCCCGCGACAGAACGCUCAGUUUGUGAGGAGUCACGGUAACGCUCACUCGACGUUAAAGGCCGCUAAUUCAAGUUCCUCUGGGCGGGUGUCGCUAUCGAUGACAAAGCGUUCCUCGUUGACGUUAUCAACGUUAUUGAUUCAUGAUUCACAAGGCAGCGAUGAUGUUUUGAGGGUCGGUACAGCCAUGGCUUUUGAUGCAUCAUUGUUAGAGACCGGUACCAACCAGAAUGAAUUAUCACAUGUAUUGCAGAGCGUCCAACGUCGAGUAGAUUCAUUACAGCAAAAUAUAAAUCGCAGCACGUCAGCUUGGGAGAUUGUGUCUACUGAAGAGGACCCAUUCGUCCUCGCGAUGCUUUUAUGGUCAUGGCUUGAACACUUGCAGAAACCUUUUCUAAGUAAGGCUGACAUCAAGAAGUUGGAAACAGAUUUUGACGAGGAUGAGCCGGCAGUGGCAUUCAAGACCUUGAAUAGAAGUGUGAAACACACACUGGACUGUAUUCUGAAGACAGUGUCCAAACUUCCCUUGUACCAGCCCCACCUCCAACGAAUGGAACAUUCCAUCCUGGUUCGAAUCAUCAAAGCUUCAACACACCUUCCAACAGCCCAUCUAGUGGACGAGGACCAUUCCACCGAACAGCAAGGUGAGGAUGGUGAAGACACUUUCUCACUCCAUAAUCUCCUGGUGAUGUUUAAGAUGUACGUAUCUUAUUUAAGAUCCUCUAAUGUGGAUGAUACACUCUCUAUGAACUCCCAAGACUCAAGUGUGUACUCGGUGAGCAACAAUAGGGCCCAAAACUCGCCCACUAAGGAAACUCAUAAGAAAGCCCCUAGAGAUAAGAAAAGGCUCAACAAACUGGCGGGUACUUCGAUUCCAGAUGAGGGUAGUGAAGGGAGCCCUAGAGACCAUGCAAGAGGUUUUCAUCCUGGUCAAGAUACCGGAGAGAGUUGUAGCUCAGACCCCUCCUCCAAGGCCCUCUUGAAAGACAAUCUACAGAGAAGAAAACUAAGAGGUAUUCAAAAACCUUUGAUUUCCAAGGCAGAUGGGAGCAGCGAUGAACCCACCCCAUUGCCAAGGAAAUCGACUUUACCUCCGAUCUUCUGAUGUCGAGUUUUGACUGAAUGGAUUUUCUCUGUGGGAAACUUUGAAAAAGUUUCUUCAUUUUGUAGAUAAUUGCUUGAAGUUUUGAAUACUUAGAUCUAUAGACCAACUUAUUGUGAAUAACCUGUAAAGAUGUUAUCGGCCGUUACUGUGAGGCAAAUCAUAGGCAUCUUCAACCAGAGUUGUUGACACAACUACACAAAUCACCAGCCUGACCUGAGCUACUCAAACCU